GCAUGCGCAAUGGCCACUCGUCAAGUGUAGGAAACCAAUAGCGCGUCUGCACAGAGAGAGAGAGAGAGAGAGAGAAGAGAGAAGAGAAGAGAGGAGAGACAGGACAACACAACGCGGCAGUCACCGAACAGACGGGAUGAAGCGCGAGCGCACCAUCCGUUUCCUCCGGUAAACAAAGCGAAGCAGGAGCCUGGAAAACACCGGAGGGAAGCCGAGGAGGAGGGGGGGGAUUUCGGGGACACAGCCAUGGCGACUGGAGGAGGCGGCGGCGGCGGAGGAGCGAGACGGAGGAGGAAAGCGGGGCUCCCGGGAUUCUGCUGGAAAACCUGCUACUUUCCCAUUUUGUUCUGGGUCGUUUCCGUGUACGGAGAGGAGCAGACGCUGAUUGUAAAGACGUGGCUGAAGAACUACGGCUACCUGCUGCCUCACGACGUACGCACGUCAGACCUGCGGCAGGAGAAAGCCAUGCAGUCGGCCGUGGCCGCCAUGCAGCGCUUCUACGGCAUUCCUGUGACGGGAAUACUGGACGAGACGACUAUAGAGUGGAUGAGGAGACCUCGCUGUGGCGUCCCAGAUCAUCCUCACACCAGCCGCCGGCAGAGGAACAAACGCUACGCCCUGACGGGACAGAAAUGGAGAGACAAAAAGAUCUCCUACAGCAUAUCGAACUUCACCCCCAAAGUGGGCGAGAAGGACACGCAGCGAGCGAUCCGACAAGCCUUCAACGUGUGGCAGACGGUCACUCCGCUCUCCUUCCAGGAGGUGCCGUACUCGGAGAUCAAGAACGAGGGCAAGGAGGCCGACAUCAUGAUCUUCUUCGCCUCCGGUUUCCACGGCGACAGCUCUCCAUUUGACGGAGAGGGCGGUUUCCUGGCCCACGCCUACUUCCCCGGCGCCGGCAUCGGAGGAGACACACACUUUGACUCUGACGAGCCCUGGACGCUGGGCAACGCCAACCACGACGGUAAUGAUUUGUUCCUGGUGGCGGUCCACGAGUUGGGCCACGCGUUGGGUUUGGAGCACUCCAACGACCCCAGCGCCAUCAUGGCUCCGUUCUAUCAGUACAUGGACACGCACAACUUCAAACUGCCUCUGGACGACCUGCAGGGCAUCCAGAAAAUCUACGGCAUCCCCACGGCCAUGCUGGAGCCCACCAGGCCGUUGCCCACCUUACCCUCCCGACGGACACACUCCACCUCCGAGCGGAAGCACGACCGCCACUCCCGCCCGGCGCGCCCGCCCGGCGACCGGCCCGCGUUGCCUGGCAACGGCAAACCCAACAUCUGCGACGGCAACUUCAACACGGUGGCCUUCUUCAGACGGGAGAUGUUCGUCUUCAAGGAUCGGUGGUUUUGGCGUCUGAGGAACAACAAGGUGCAGGAGGGUUAUCCCAUGCAGAUCGAUCAGUUCUGGAAGGGCCUGCCGCCUCGCAUCGACGCUGCCUACGAGAGAUCUGAUGGCAAAUUUGUCUUCUUCAAAGGCGAUAAGUUCUGGGUGUUUAAGGAAGUGACGGCCGAGCCCGGUUACCCCCACAGCCUGGUGGAGCUGGGCAGCUGCCUCCCCAAAGACGGCAUCGACACGGCGCUGCGCUGGGAGCCCGUCGGGAAAACCUACUUCUUCAAAGGAGACCAGUACUGGCGCUACAACGAGGAGAAGCACACGGCGGACCCAGGGUACCCCAAACCCAUCACCGUGUGGAAGGGAGUACCGGACGCACCGCAGGGGGCCUUCAUCAGCAGGGAGGGAUACUACACGUACUUCUACAAGGGGAAGGAUUACUGGAAGUUUGACAACCAGAAGCUGACGGUGGAACCCGGGUAUCCAAAGUCGAUCCUGCGCGACUGGAUGGGCUGCGACCAGUCCGACAUGGAGCGCUCCGGCAGCAAGGGUAACCGCGGAGACCGCCAGCUGCCUCUCGACGACGUGGACAUCAUGGUGACCAUCAACGACGUCCCGACGACGGUCAACGCCAUCGCCGUGGUGAUCCCCUGCAUCCUGUCGCUGUGCAUCCUGGUGCUGGUGUACACCAUAUUCCAGUUUAAAAACAAAGGAGUGCAGCAGAACACCAUGACUCAGCACUAUUACAAAUACCCGGUUCAGGAGUGGGUAUGACAGGCAACUUUCCUUUUUAAAGGAGGUCAAAGUUCGUGGAUUUAAGGGGGUCAAGCAUCUCCAUACUGUUAGCUAGCUUAUUUUGGCUAAUGGCCAGGAGCGCUAGCGAAAAAAACAAUGGAAAGUCAACGCUGAAAGACGCUAAUUGUGCAAGCUACUGAUAAAAGUGCGGACACUGAAGAUGCUCUGCAAGAGAAAUUGGCUCGCAGUGUGUGUGUGUGUGUGUGUGUGUGUGUGGGUGCGUGUGUGUGUGCGCGUGCACUUCAGUGUUAAACAGCUACUGAUUUUGGCUUUUUCCCGUUCCUCACCGGGCGAUGACGCGUAAAACAAACAUGGCUGAUCACAGCGAGAACAAGUCCGCAAAAACUCCAGCAGGAAGAUCUGAUUGGCUGAGGACGGAUGACACGCCUGAUUCAUCAACAACCUCUCUGGUUAAGUGAAACGGGGUCUUACGAGCGACGCCGAACUUUGUUUGACUAUUUCUUCUUGGACCUGCAACAUGUCUCUUCUUCUCAGUGACAAUUAAAAAAAAGAAAGAGGAUUUGGAGCAAAGAUGAUAUGCUCCUCAAAGCCAGACAACACAAUAAAACAACUUGUACACUUGAACUACUUACUAUUGAAAUUUUGAAGAAGAAAAAAGAGAAAAGAAAUGGUUUAAAAAUAUCAAACUUUAAGAUAAAAAUGUAGGUAGAAAAGGCCAUAACAAAAAGAAAACCAAGGAUCUUUCCGUGGAUCUGUGAAUUUUACUUAAUUUAUUUAUAGUUGUAUGGAGCUGUAAAACUGUCAAAGAGGACCUUUUUCUCUCUUUCUUUCACCACUCACAACAACAAACAUCUUCAUCCCCAUUAACUCAGACCUUUGUCAACUUAAAACUCCCCUGCUUUGAUUCACACAGCUUGGAGCGACGGGUUUUUGGAAAUGUAGAAUAGCUAGUCAUCGGCGUAUAAUGAUACAAUGCAUGUGUGACAGUUCAACAGGGUUAUCUCUGCUUUAUUUGAAACAGGCCAAACACAUUGGCUCAUAUUUAACAAGCUGCACACAACCAGGGCUCGUAUUUAUCAAACUUUUACUUGUAUCAAGACCGAGUCAAGACCAAGAUCAAACCAGUGUGAGUCCCACACUGCAUGACACGAUAAAAUGUGAAAAAUAUUAAAGCUUUAGUGCGUAACUUUUUGAUAUUAAUGACAUGUCUGUUACAUUCAAGCCAUUGCCAUAUUGAGACAGUUUUGUUGUCAUUACUUUGAAUUCCUCAUGGGGGCGACAGAAACUACGCACUAUAGCUUAAACCAUAGGCACUCCUGAAAUUGAAAGAUCUACAUUCCCAUUAGACACCUACAGAAAACAAGUUUCGUUUUCAUUCACCACUUUUAUUGCCAUAACAUAGUUACUAUGUAUAGCUAAUACUCGUUUUCUUUUCGAUGGUAUUAGGUAACCCGAUUUUAUUACCGAGGAUUUUGCUGACAUCUCCGGGACAGCCAGAGCUUCUUCUCCUGUCUCCCUGAUAUUAUACCACUUUUCUAUUUUAUGGCAUGUAGCAGAUGUGCAAAACAACAACAUUUAGUAUUCAUUAAGUUUGUAAUCAUAUUCAAGUUCUCUGACCUACCUUUUCUACCAGCAGCAGACUUUCUUGCAGUAUAAUUUUAUUUCCAUUUCUGCCUGUUUCUUAAUAAUUCAUCCCUAUUUAUAUAUUGUAAAUAUGUUAAAAUAUAAUAUAAAAUCAUGUUUUUACAUGUUUUUUACAUUUUAUUAAUUGCUACUUAAGAUAUUAAGGAUUUCACACUAAUACUAUGAGCCUUUUUUGAAAAAUGUACAUGUGUUUUUUGCACCUUUUUAGGAAUAAACAUAUGACAGAUGUAGGGUAAAUCCUUGCGUCUGAUUGGCUCUUCCUGCUCUGAACAUGCAUGUAAUUAUUCACACACACAACUGCUCUCAAAUAUGACUCUUACACUUUGCUGUUAAGUCGGAGCAAGUUGCUUGGUAACUGUGUCAGAACGCUUCACAAAGAACUUUUUUUUAAUCCUUGGUCUUGAGUUAGAGGUUUGAUAAAUUCGGGCCCUGAGCUAAACUAGUUAUAGUUUGUUUCUCGAGUCUUCAUCCUCGUCUUUGUCCAUGUCCCAAUUCAGGGGCUGAACCGAGCGUCCUCCGAAAUGAGACUGUCCGUUAUGCGCCGCUCCUGUCGCCUAGUGACAGCAGCUGCAGCUGAUAAGUGAUCAAAACUUUAACUACAGCACCGAAAUGGAGCCAGAAGUUGUUCUUUUUGUUUAUAAGUGUCUCAAAAAGAGAGGCCAAUAACUAAUAAACGCUCUUUUCUGUGAACAUCUCUUGUCUCCGAGACGGGCUCUUUGGUCGGCUAGUUUACGUAAGCACAGUUUUUGGAGCUUCUAUGCUCCACAAGUUAAUUGUUUUGCCUAAAACAUUCUCAGAAGUGAAUUUAAUGAUGAAAUAGCAGACGAAAAAUGUAAAAGAAAAAGAAAUCUUGGUUGUUAGCGUUUGGAGCAAAAAUGAUAUGCUCCUCAAAGCCAGACAACACCAUAAAACAACUUGUACGCUUUAACUACUUACUAUUGAAAUUUUGAAGAAGAAAAAAGAGAAAAGAAAUGGUUUAAAAAUAUCAAACUUGAAGAUAAAAAUGUAGGUAGAAAAGGCUAUAACAAAAAGAAAACCAAGGAUCUUUCUGUGGAUCUGUGAAUUUUUGGUUGUUAGCGUUUGUGUUUUGCCUGUGCUUCUGAUUGAAUGCCGAAAUGAAUGCUGGGAGUCCUGGGGCUGCGAAGGAUACACAGUUACAGUUAAGAUACACAGUUACAGUUAGGUCCUCCGAAUUCUGUAAAAGGAGGCCGCAUUUGUGGACCGCAUUUGAAGCAGCCUUGGAAAUGAAAUGAAAUGGGACAGCCUUCGUUGUGCCGGUGUGACACAAUCGGUCUACGAACGCAGCCUCCGAAGGCUGCAGCCCCUGAAUUGGGACAUAGCUAAAGAUGCAAAACGUGAGGACGUAGAAAGAGACAGUAAAGGGACAGGGAGGGUUAGUAUUAGUAAGCUGUCUGCGGCGCGGCGACGUCGGCCGAGCUUAAUGAAGUACUUCUGUUCACAAAGCUCUAAUAGACGCUACUCACCCUCCACUUCCCUCGCUUUAAUCCUACUGUCCGCCCUCUGUCAUUUCUCUCUGUCCUCUUGUAAUUCUCUCUGUCCGUCUGGCCUCUCCUCUCCUAGUCGCUUCGUCCUCUGCGUCUAUUUAAUCUUCAUCCCUUUUUACCUUCUCCUCUGUGCUGCCCGGCCUCUUUACUCACCAUCUCUUUCUUUACGUAUUUUGAUGUUCAGCAUCUCACGCUGUCUCUAUAAAUACACCUUCUGUAUCCAGUUUACUAAACACUCCAGGUUGCAUUUCAGGCUGGCUGCUUUCAGUAUGGUUUAAGAAGUUGGUUUUUAUUGUCGGUUAAAACUAAGGCGCUUGUAAUUCGUCCUCAGUUUUUUCAAAAUUGACAACAUUUAUUGUUAUCUUUGGCUCUAAAGUGUCGACACAUGUCAAACACGCACUACUUUUUGAGUACUUAGAAACGAUAGCCGUGUUGUGACAUGUUUCUCUUUUGACAAGUUGUGUUGGAAAAUGAGCUAAAACGUGAUUUGUAAUUCAAAGUGAUCUGUAAUUUCUCUACUUCGCCUCCAGGCUUUACAGGAAUGAUCAUUUAUAGGUUUUAUGUGUUUGUGGGACACAAAAGGAAACACUUUUGUACAAAACACAUUAGAUAAGACCAUCUCAUUUUGACUGUAUUGACCGAGGCAUGCUCACUUUUCCAAUAUCCGAAAGACAAAGACAGAUUUGCUAGAACAGAUCGAACACACUAAUCUUUCCUCUCUCAUUACGUCUACGUUCGUUUGGUAAAUUAAACCAGCGAGCUGCGUGCAGUUUACUGUCGGUAUGUCACACAAUUUCAGACUGUUUCUGAGAAGUUUGUGUUCCACUUUGAUAAAAAAAAAAGAUUUAUUUAUGGCCGAUGCAGGAAGAUUUGCGUCACCUUAUGUAACACGCCAAAUCCUCUACAUCUUCUACAGCAGCAGCACUGCAGUAAUAACUUUGCAUGCUUUUAUUUGAAUACACAAGCUGUUCAUUUAAAUGUAAUUAACUCCAGUAUGACUCAUAAUGGUUCACUCGGAGGCAAGUCUGCUCCCCAGAGGGGGUUUUGGGUGGUUUGGAGUCCCCCAUCCGUGACCUCCCACUCCGGGCUAGAAAAUCACUUUCGGAGGGCGAAUUGGGACAUCCUCGCUGAGUCACUGUUUUUCCAGACUUGGCUGAAUAACUCGCUUUGCGUUGGGAAGAAGACAUAACUAUUCAUAUAUACAUUCAAUACACUAAUAAUGCAGCAGGCUGCAGCAUGUCUUUCCACAUCAUUCUGCAGGCUACUUUACAUAUAAAAGAGCACAUAAAGUCCUCCUCGGUACAUCUCUCUUUCUCUCUCUCUCUGUUUUCCUCCUCUUGUCCUUGUUCUCAGUCGCUCAGCUUUGUACCUUUCUCGGCGAGCUCUCUGUCCCGCAGUAAUUGAAUGUGUUCUCGCCGCAUAUCCGUGCAAUUUCUCGCCACUGUCGAGAGCAAUUCAGCACACGCAGCACUCAGCACAAAUCGAUGUCGUUCAAUAUCCCUACAGAGCUAUGAUGAAAACAAAAUGCAUAUUUGUUCCCGGAGGGUGUACAAUAAACAGAACAAGACAUUCUGCUGUCUUUGUACCUUUAAACCUGUAUUCAGCAUUCACUCUGUGUCUGCUGCGAGGGCUGUGUGAGUUUGUGGAAACAUGAUUGUCUAUCUUUUAGGAAAACUGCCUAUUGGACCAAACUAGUCUUUCUCUUUGUGUUUUCUCAGCCGGAGCGUGGAGGUCUGGAUAGAUCUCUGGGAUACAAGGUAUAGGCUAUGCAUUUGAUCAAAAUUGAACCGAGUUAAAUUCCAAACAAGUCCUCCAAACUGUAUGACGAUAUAAGAGUGUUUCAUAAAUUAGCCGCCAGCCCAGAGAGGUGUCCAAGUCUUUGAUAAUGUUUAAAAAGUAGCUGUGUUUCUCCUUCUUUUCUUUUGGCCGUGCAUCUCUACCGCAGCCGUGCAAACUGUCGGCUGGUUGGUUUGUGUCCAGUCUAUAUCCACGACCUUCCACUUUCGGGAUUGCCCCAUUGCCGCAGGAAAUGUCCAACCUGAGUUUUCUCUCGCACGACUUAAACUACUUUUGAACGUACACGUGUUCCACCAAAACAAGUUCCUUCCCGAGACUAUUUAGC